AUGAAAUCCUUCACUUUUUUGGUGUUGAUGACAGCGAUUAGUCUGGGUAAGAACAUCAUUCGCCUUCUUUAGCUGGUUUAUUGAACAUCUACGGUAGGACGAAUCUACCGGGAAAAUAAUGUGGAUUUGUCGCAGCGAAGUGUCCCAGCAGUGAUAUAAUAGCAAAUUAUCAAAUAUUUUUUACACACAUCUAGAAUGUCACACUAAUUUGGAGAUUUCGCAAUCGCGAUUAAGAAGUCUAUGGAUGCCUUUAUAUCUUUGAUUCGAGUUCAGCCGUUCAGUCAGGCAGCUGAUUCUCUGCCAGUUCCUUACAGCACACAAAAAACACCAUUGCAGUUUGCUAAGACUGAUUUUUGAUAGCUUGUUUUCAGCUCUAAUUACCGCUCAGCCCGUCAAAAGAGAAGGUCCACCGGAAGGUGAUGAAGUCAUCGCUGAUGACAAAUACUUUAUUCGAGAUUACUUGAAAUACAUCCACAGCAAGCUCUUCUACGACGAUGAUCCGUCGAGAUUUCUGCAGAACCUUUUCAAAUGA